GCGGGGGAGGAGGAGGAGGAGCGAACCGGGUUUGGGGGGCGGCUGCACAGUCUCCGGGAUCCCCAGGCCUGGAGGGGGGUCUGCGCGCGGCCGGCCGGCUCUGCCCCCCACGUCCGGUCCCGAGCGGGCCUCCCUCGGGCCAGCCCGAUGUGACCGGGCCCAGCGGAGCCUGAGCAAGGAGCGGGUCCGUCGCGGAGCCGGAGGGCGGGAGGAACAUGACAUCGCGGAGAUGGUUUCACCCAAACAUCACUGGCGUGGAGGCAGAAAACCUGCUGUUGACGAGAGGCGUUGACGGCAGUUUUUUGGCGAGGCCCAGUAAAAGUAACCCCGGAGACUUCACCCUCUCUGUCAGAAGAAAUGGAGCUGUCACCCACAUCAAGAUCCAGAACACCGGUGAUUACUAUGACUUGUACGGAGGGGAGAAGUUUGCCACCUUGGCUGAGCUGGUCCAGUAUUACAUGGAACACCACGGGCAAUUAAAAGAGAAGAACGGAGAUGUUAUUGAGCUCAAAUAUCCUCUGAACUGUGCAGAUCCUACCUCUGAAAGGUGGUUUCACGGACACCUCUCUGGAAAAGAAGCAGAGAAACUAUUAACGGAGAAAGGAAAACAUGGUAGCUUUCUGGUACGAGAGAGCCAGAGCCACCCCGGAGAUUUUGUUCUCUCUGUCCGAACUGGUGAUGACAAAGGGGAGAGCAAUGAUGGCAAGUCUAAAGUGACCCACGUCAUGAUCCGCUGUCAGGAACUGAAAUAUGACGUUGGUGGAGGAGAGCGGUUCGACUCUUUGACGGAUCUCGUGGAGCAUUACAAGAAGAACCCCAUGGUGGAGACGCUGGGCACAGUUCUGCAACUCAAGCAGCCCCUCAACACAACACGCAUCAAUGCUGCUGAAAUAGAAAGCCGGGUUCGAGAACUAAGCAAAUUAGCCGAGACCACAGACAAAGUCAAACAAGGCUUUUGGGAAGAAUUUGAGACACUACAGCAACAGGAGUGCAAACUUCUCUACAGCCGAAAAGAGGGUCAGAGGCAAGAAAAUAAGAACAAAAACAGAUAUAAAAACAUCCUGCCCUUCGAUCACACCAGAGUUGUGCUCCAUGAUGGCGAUCCCAACGAGCCGGUUUCCGAUUACAUCAACGCAAACAUCAUCAUGCCUGAGUUUGAAACCAAAUGCAACAAUUCGAAGCCCAAAAAGAGUUACAUCGCCACCCAAGGCUGCCUGCAGAACACGGUGAAUGACUUCUGGCGGAUGGUGUUUCAGGAGAACUCGCGAGUGAUUGUCAUGACAACGAAAGAGGUGGAGAGAGGAAAGAGUAAGUGUGUCAAAUACUGGCCCGACGAGUGUGCCCUGAAAGAAUACGGGGUCAUGCGCGUUAGGAACGUCAAAGAAAGUGCCGCUCAUGACUAUACGUUAAGAGAACUUAAACUUUCCAAGGUUGGACAAGCUCUACUCCAGGGGAAUACAGAGAGAACCGUGUGGCAAUACCACUUUAGGACCUGGCCGGACCACGGAGUGCCCAGUGACCCCGGGGGCGUGCUGGACUUCCUGGAGGAGGUCCACCACAAGCAAGAGAGCAUCGUGGACGCGGGGCCCGUGGUGGUUCACUGCAGUGCUGGAAUUGGCCGGACAGGGACGUUCAUUGUGAUUGAUAUUCUUAUUGACAUCAUCAGAGAGAAAGGUGUCGACUGUGACAUUGACGUUCCCAAAACCAUUCAGAUGGUGCGGUCCCAGAGGUCAGGGAUGGUCCAGACAGAAGCGCAGUACCGCUUCAUCUACAUGGCCGUUCAGCACUACAUCGAAACCCUGCAGCGCAGGAUCGAGGAGGAGCAGAAAAGCAAGAGGAAAGGGCACGAAUACACAAAUAUUAAGUAUUCGCUAACGGACCAGACAAGUGGAGAUCAGAGUCCCCUCCCGCCUUGCACUCCAACGCCAUCCUGUGCAGAAAUGAGAGAAGAUAAUGCUCGAGUCUAUGAAAACGUGGGUCUGAUGCAGCAGCAGAAAAGUUUCAGAUGAGAAGACCCGCCAAGACUUCAGCACAGAAAUCGAUGUGGACUCUCACCCUCUCCCUAGAAAGAUCGAGAACAGAUACAAGGAAGUUUCCGCAAAGAACGAAUUUGAACUUGGAAGGCUUGUGUCGUGGUUGACUACCUUUUGGGCAAACAAAAUUCAAAACCCUUUAAAGACCACUGUAUUGUAACUCAACAGUACCCGGCUACCAAUAACUCAUUUCCUCACGUACGAAGAAAUCCCUACAACGUAGACAGUGUUCUGUUUUAUAGACUUUUAUUUUGAAUUGAGGAAGCAGUUAAAUUGUGCUCUACAUUUGCCAGAUGAUGGUGAUUCAAAUUCUCCUUAUUGGCAUUUCCCCCCCUUUUUAUAUAAAAUCUUAAAAAUUCAAUUGUUUUUCUCUCUGUGGGGGAUGACAGAGCACUUGUAAGAGGAAAGUCGUUUUGGGAAAGGCGGCGGCAGCCCGUGGGAGCGAGCACAGGUUUGGGAUCACUGUGUACCCAGCAGUGGGGAAUUCGCUUGAUGGCCUCUUUUUUUGGCUAAAUGAUAAUCUAGCCAGUGCCCCGGACUGUCAGAAGUCGACAACCUGUCUGCUUUUGCAUUGCCAUUAAAAAAAUCAUGGGGAAGAAGAAUCUCGGAGACUUAGGAUAAAAGCUGUGUUUUGUUCGUAGCAGAUGACCAGUUACCAUUCAGCCUGUUGACUGAGAAGGAUGUGGUGGGAAAUGUUGGUCAUGUUUUCUUUUCAGUUGAGUGACUGUCUUGCAUUCAGGAAAAAAAACCCCCGCAUCUGUGGACACCUGGCAGUUUUGUGCCUGUGGAUUGUCAGGCAAACCAUCCCAAAACGUAAUGGCUUAACACAAUUCCUUUUUUUUUUUUUUUUUUUUCUUUUCCUUCUUCCACACUGUUCUUCAAUCUGGGCCGGGCUCCAUCGAGCUGUUUCUGUGUUCUCGCUGGUGUCGCCCAUGCAGUCAGCGGGGUGGCCACGGGGACGGCCCGUUCCGUCUGUGUGCAGGCCCUCAGGCCCCCUCCCUGUGGCCGCCCAGGUGGCCUCACCAGCAGGGUCGCUGGACGGCUUCCGUGGCCGCUCGGAGCCCCAAGGGUAUAAAGCAGUAGAUGCCACAGCCCUUAAAACUUAAACCCAGGCCGUCCGCUGCCCUCGGUGGUUCCAGCAAGUCACGGGCCCAGCCCAGAUCCAGGAAGAGGGGACAGCGUGGGGGCGUAGAGCCGAGGUGGGAUUCAUGGGGGCCCCCCAGGGUAAGCGGGUGUCACAAUCAGUGUCACGGGAAGACAGCAAUCGUUAGCAAAAGUAGCAGCUGCUGGUGACGCCGGGAACCCGAAGCCACAUGUAGAGGGCCUUCUAGGAGCUUCCUGGACCGUUUCUGCUGGCUCGGAGCGUGUUUUCUGAGACCUGUCUCAUAAGGAUGGAUGUGUUCAGGGGGCAGAACCUCCCUGUGACCGUGGCAGCCGCAGGGGGAGGCGACCGGGUGCUUUCUCCACCCCAGUGUUGGAGCCGGGCGCAGCGAAGCCUCCUCGUGAGGCCGCAGUCAGAUGGAACCGGCAGUCGCCCAUUUUUGUUCUAACCAAGCAGUGAGAUUUGCUGCCAUUCCACCUGAAGUGCCUUCUCCAGAGACGUCCUCUGCCCCGUAGUGGAUCAGCACUCAGUGAGUGUGUUUCAGUUAAAGUAUCAUUGGUUGACUUCGCAAAUAUGAUAAAACUGCCACGGCAGCUUUGCCGUUAGCUUACGGGCUCCUUAACUCAGAUUCGUCCUGCUGUGGCUCCCGAAAGGAAGGGCUAGGUCCGGCCCCAGUCCUGCUUCCUUCCUGAGGCCUCCACCUCCCGUGCAGCCCUGAGGAAGUUUGGGGGAGAGCCUCCGCUGCCAUUUUCACAGACAGAAUGCACAUCGACUCCACCCCCGCUUGCCCCCCGUCCCUCGAAACUAGAAGUGCUCUAGAACCCAGGCGAGGCCCACAGGGAAUUACCUCAUCAGAGGACCGUGCGUGACCACGGGCUUCCUGUCAGGCCUGUACAGAAAGAGGUUCCAGUUCAGUGUUUGCAACGAGGAUCUUGAAUCCUGUCCUUCCUGCUGCGUCGCCACAUUGUUCUUGUUUGCCCUGAUUUCGUGGUUUAGUUUAGACUCUGGACUUUGGGGGCAGAGUCCUUCACCAGCACACAAGGCUCUGAUUGUACGGACACACCUGCUGCAUUAGCGUGUCCGCCUGUAGCUCAGGAUGCGGUUGUUCUGUCCUUGGGACGGAGAGGCCCGAUCCCGGCUGGCUUUGUUUGUUACUGGACAUUGAUUUCAUUUAGAUUUCCUGCCACGACGUCCGCCAGCCAUCAGGUUACGUAAGCUCACGCCAAGGCAAGACUGUGAUCGUGCCCAGGUUGCUCAGGUCUGUUACGUGUUCGGUGCGCGGUGAUGGUCCUCAGAUGGGCUCGCUCUCCACGAGGCGGGAUCAGGAAGGGAGAGCCGUGAAGACGUGGGGCACUUGAGGUGCAGGUGCUAAAAGUGGUGGAAACGAAAGUUCCAAGAAGGUGGUUUGUGAGGAAGUCGAAAGGCCCAGGGCCCGGGCAGUCCGCGUGUGGCCGGAUCGGGCUGCCCAGAGGGUAGGUGUGAGAGGUGCACGCGUGCGGUCUGCUUCUGGGUUGCUGGUGAACGGUAAAUUCGCACAAUAUCCCAUAGCCGGUUGAGGAUUUUAAAUUAUAAGCAUAGGAGAGGGUUUUAUAUUUGGGGUGAAGAAAUUCUCUGACACCUGGCAUUAGGGUUUUUUUUUUUUUUUUAAACCAAAUUUCAGAUUCUUAAUAGCUUUUUUUUUUUUUUAAAACAAAUAAAAAGGCACCUCCUAUCCAGUGUGUGGCCUUUCCGGAAAAUUCGGGUCCUCUCUCCCACUGAAAUCAGUGACAUUUUGGACGCAGCUAAACGGGGGCAAGAAAAGAGAUGUCCGACUUUCUUGGGGUUUGUAUGUGCUUCGUGGAGCCUAGCGGCUUUGCAACAGCCAGGGAGAUCAUCGAGAUUAUUUUUAGGGGUUAUUUGAGGGGGAUCUGAAGAACUGAUGUAACAUCCGGGGUUAUUGCUAGUUCAGGGGAAGGUGGAAAGGUAUGCGGUUGUGUUUCGUUGUAGCUUAUUAAUCCAUAAGGGAAACUUAGACUGUAGACGUUAGGUGCACACCCGGUGCAGUUGCUGUUUUCUGUGUGCUGUUGGGGAAUCACGUUUUAUAUAGCAAGCACAUGGCCUCCCUGAUUUCAAGAUGCCUUUAUCAAGAUCUGUAUUAGCCCUUCAUUUCGUUGAAAUCUUUCUUCUUCCUCCUCUUGAAAAAUAAGUUCCAAAAUCUAGUUUAUUGUCAUUAAAACGUUUGUUCUUUUUCCCCCCCCCCACUAUGGGCAGUUCACACAAGGCAAAAAUAUUAAACAGUUGGUUUUAGUGUGUUGUAUAACUUUACUGUAUAUCAAACUAAUUUCUACAAGUUUUCAUCCUAAACCUCAAAUCAUGUAAUUAAUAAUUUGCCUGUUUAUUUAUGACAUUAUUGUGAUUCUUUUAUUAAUAAAAGCUAAUGGAAAAGGAUCCUUUUUUAAGCUGAUGACUAGACCUACAUUUAAUUUUCCUGCAGUAUAUGAAGUAUUGUACCAGAGUAUUAAAAGAUAUGUAAUAUUUUAUUGAUAAAUCUAUCCUUUAAAAGGAAUACGUUUUAGGAUGUCAUCAUUUUGAUGUGAAUCAUGUAAAUGUUGAUAAUAUGCACUGUUUAUUAUACAUUUAGUGUUUCAAGAGAUUCACUUAAUUGCCUUUUUUGCCCAUGUAUUAUGUAGUCUAUUUGCAAUUGUUUAAAAAUAAAAUGACCUGAAAAGAAUAGUUUAUGUAGGGAAACCUUAGUGGACGUUAAUGGUCUCCCCACCUAUGUUUAUGGGUGUUAGUUCAACUGCGUUGCUAGUUGCAAAGCCGCAUUAUCAGAGUAAACGUGUAUUUGUAAACUGUAUGGGAACUAAAAAUUAGGAAUAAAACCAUUUUCUUAUAUUA